GCAAACAUAGGUGUUUCAAUGACAAAAGCUCGGUAGCAAAUUUACUUUUAAAUUUGAAUUUAAGAAAUCGUGACACCAUUAAAAUGAGCACACGUUAUCAUCGAGCUGCAUGUGACAAUCGUCUUGAUGUUUUAAAAGAGGCAACCAAGAAGGAUUUAAAUCAGCAGGAUGAUGGUGGUAUGACACCAACAUUAUGGGCGGCUUAUUAUGGAUUUCUGCCUGCAUUACGUGUUUGCUGCAGCCGAGGUGGUCAGGUGGACAAGUGUGAUUAUCUUGGAAACACCGCACUGCAUUUGGCUGCACAAAAUGGACAUUUAGACAGUGUGUCUUUUCUUGUAAACUUUGGUGCCAAUGUAUGGAAGGUAGACAACAGUUACAACUCGGCACAGGAUUUGGCUGGGAUUCGUAACCAAACAAAAUGUGUCAAGUAUCUUGAUCAGCAAGUUGCGAAAAUGACAGUUGAAAAUGGAAAGCAAGCAAAGAAAAUGAAGGAACAAGCUAAAAAAGAAGCAGAGAAGAGAAUUGUAAAGUUUGAAAAAAUGCAAAACAAGAUGAAGCAGAAAAUUGAAAAGGACUCUUCAGCAGGAAGGAAGCUUUCAACUACAAACAGUGUUGAAGAAAAAUCAAAUGGUCGGAAAUAUUCUUCUUCUACUAUGAACAACCCGAGAAAAAUCUCUUCUUCAAACAAACCAGAUAAGAAUUUGAGAGAUAACCCACAGACUAUCUCAGGAAUUCCAUCUCAGAGGCUACCAAAUGUGACGUACAUGCCAACAGAAAGGUUCGGGGCAAGCUUAUCCACACAAACCAAGAGACCACCAGUCAACGAAAUAUUUCCAGAGAGUAUGCAUGAUGAAGGUUACCCAAAGUUCAACACAGCACUCAAGUGGAACACAAAAUCCUCAGCAAAUGCAAUGACCUCACUUCAUAACCAAGUCAUGCAAGAUUAUGAUGACGGAGGUGAACUGAAUGAGGAUGGGACACCUUCAUAUGUCAAACCUGUGUUUGCAAAAUAUGAGAGCAAGCAAACUGACGAUGACAAUUUCUCAUUGGGUGAAAGUGACAGUGCUGAAGAAUUGACAGAGUUGGAAUUCUUUUUAAAUUCCAUUAAAUUAGAAGAUUAUAUUCCAUUGUUUCAGGAUGAAAAAAUGGACAUGGAGGCUCUUGCUCUCUGUACGUCUGAUGACCUUAUUCAAAUGGGGCUUCCGUUAGGACCCCGUAAAAAAAUUCUGCAAGGUCUUAGUGAGCGAGAAAAACCAGACUCCGGCAAUGAGUUGACCCUGCUUUAAUAUUGAUUGAACACAAAUUUGAACAGAAGCCCAAACCACAGCAUGCUAUGCUGCUGUAGCUUUAUCUAUUUCAGUUAAAUAAUGUUUAGGUAAUACAAAAUUUUAAGCAAGGAAUUUUUAUUAUAUAAUUUAAUAAUGCAUAUCCAUGGCACCGUUUUAUGAGUUUUGGAAAUACAUCCCGAAUCAAUUAUUCAUACAUUGUAAAAAAGCGGAUGAUAAUGCAUUUAAAACCGGCGGUGACGCACUUGUAAUUUUUGCCUUUUGCCUAAACCUCUGUAUUUUGUCUUGCUAUCAUGAAAUAUUAAUAUGUUUCUGUUUCCUCUGUAAACUUAGCUUUAUAUAUUGAAAAUAGCUUGCUAAUUGCUGCUCUAUGUUUAUUAUAAAAAGAUCCAUUAAAUAUUUUCUCUUCUUUUUAAUGCCUAUUACCAGUGUUUGCAAUUGCCUCUUAAUUACUGACUGUCAUAUUCUGUUCCCUAGACUCGUUUCCGAAUAUCAUUUCAUAUAAUUUUUAAUUCCACUGUCAUUUAAAACUGUUUUAUGUUGAUCUCUUGAUCACUGUUGUCAUUCUGUUAUUCUGCAAUGUACAAAUCUACUGUUACAUUCUUCAUGGUACAUUCCCAUUUCCAGCCAAGGGUUUGGUGCUUUUUGGAAAUAUAUUUUGCUCAUAUGCCUUACCAUCCUAUUUCUUUCAAAUGUGUAAUUGUUAGUAUUUGGUACAGUACUGCGCUUUUAGAAAAUAAAAGUCGCAAUUCAAACA